CGCUCGAUAUAAACCAGAUCAUUGCUGAUCAUGAACGUAGUUUGAGAAAAUGUUUUGUUCUGACAGUACAACUUUUCUUGUGAUAAUUCUCUUCAAAAUUCUGGUAACAAUUACACUAGCCCAACAAACUCCUGAUUACUGCGUCAAAGGAUUAUGUCCAAAGGAUACUUAUCAUCACGUAGGAUGUAACACAACUCGAGCUUUCAACAGCACCUGUGUGAAACCCAAGAUGGUGCCAAUGUCAACGAAACGUAAGAACCUUCUAAUGAUGAUGCAUAAUCGGCUUAGAAAUCAUUUGGCGUCCGGAAAGCUGGACCGCUAUCAAAAGGCUUCAAAUAUGUCACUGAUGGAUUGGGACGAUGAGCUGGCUUAUUUGGCCGAACUGAACGUAAAACAGUGCGUUAUGGAACACGACGAAUGCCGGAGUACAGUGAAAUUUUUCUGGGCGGGGCAGAAUUUGGCAAACCGCUUUCAAUACCCAAAAUUGGACACGUAUAACUUGAUUCUGAAGGCUUUUGUCAAAGCAUGGUUCAAGGAGCAUGUUGAUGCAUCUAUGGAAUACAUUCGUUCGUACAAGGAACCCCCAAAAGAGAUAAUGAUUGGCCAUUUUACGGCCCUUGUUCGAGAUGUCUCAACUCAUAUGGGUUGUGCGAUAGCGGUUCAAACUAAAACCAUGUAUUCAAAGCAGCACAGUCGUUACCUUACUGGACCGCAGAUUUUCCUGGCCUGUAACUAUGCAAACACCAACUUGUUGGGACAGGCAAUUUAUAGAGAAGGGCAGCCGUGUAGUCAAUGUUCUGGAAAGUGUCACAAGGUUUACACAGCACUGUGUGAUUACAGAUAAAUAGUUUUUUUUCCUAUAGUUCAAUAAA